AUGGAUGGUCAACAUAAUGCUGAGCUCCAGCGUGUACUCGCAGCCUUGAACAGCUACUCAUCCCAGGCGCAACAUACCUCAGAAACGACUUCUUCCAGUGUCAACGAAUCUUCCGACUCGAGCGAUAUCCCGAGGCCUUCCAUUAUACCGGGGCUUGGUCUGCUGCCACCACAAAAUCACAAAACGCCGGCCCCGUCACCUCCUAUCACCCGGCAGCAAACUCUGACUCAGCAACAACGAUGUCCAUCACCCCGACCGGGAGAUCUUCGCAGCAAGCCCUCCACCCCAACUGUUCCUGAUGCGUCGACUAUCACAACAUGGCCAGCAGCCCUUAGACAUGUGACUCGCUACCUGGUGACGAAUGAGCAAGUAGCUACCAGGAUCAAGCACCUUAUCUCGGAGCAGCAAAAACAUGAACGACAAUGGUGGGCAGGCCGUGAGGCUAUUGUGGAGAGACAGCGAGGAAGGUCCGGGACUUCUCAACAGGUGUCGGCUCUGUUGAAGUCCUUGGGUGGUAAGGACGUACCGGUCGUGCCUUCUGAUCCCAACCAAAUUCGCGCUGAAUUGGAUGCUUAUGACAAGAAAGUCCACGCCGGUCUCAUAGCGAUGGCGGCGGAUUUUGACAGGCAGCUGAGGGCAAUGGGCGUGCCGUUCUACGCCAUCAAGCAUGACCUGGUGGUGUUGGAGGAGGGACCUGAGAAGCCUGAUGCACCGCAAGGCAGGAUUGACAAGGGAGAACUGCGAGAGUUGCAAAAGAGAAUGUUACAGACUCUGGAGGACCUAUUCACGGAUUGA